AAGUUGCCUAGUGGCAAAUGACACGUUUCAGAGCUGUCAGUCUCAUCGGCGCGCGGCCUAAAGGCGUCCUGCUCUGCGCGGCCCUUCGCAGCACGUUCACCUGUUUUCGUGCGUGCUGUGGAUGGGAUUUUACAUUCUCUCGGGCUGUAGGUGAGGCGACACGCCGAGCCUUGCCAUGGGCAGCUGACGCCAAUACACGUCCGUCGUGCGCUACGAGGAGUGGGUUGGAGUGGGGGAGGCUCCGGGGAGGUGCCGUGCGUCGUGCGCUGCAAUGCUUGGCCACGGAUCUGCGCGCGGCGCUCGGUUCCCUUCUGACUGAUCAGAUGCUCGGCGCGCGGCUCAACCCCGACGGUUGACUGGACGCAACAGAGCGGGAGAAGAGCUCCGCUCGGAGGGUUUCUUCCGUUUCCAAGCCUGAUAUUCAGAGAAAACAGUCUCGGACCGUCUGCGGGGCGGCUCACGUCCCCCCGGGGGGUCGAGGGAGGAAAGGAGAAAAAACCGAGAGGGAGGGACAGGACGAGCUAGAGAGAGAGGAGGCUCUGCGGGGCUGCCGCCUCUCACUGCUUUUCGGGAGCCCCGGGUGCGAUGCUGCUGGGCGGGGAUGCUUCACGACUUCUGCCUGGUGGCCGAGGAGGAGAUGCGAGCGUCUGCUUCAGCGCACCCGCACCGACAGCGUCGUAUUUGUCGACCAAGAAUUGAUGAUGGUGAUGAUGCUGCCUCCCCCAGUGGUCUUUUUCUGCUGCUCCGGAUCAUACUCGUCCGGGACUCUGGUUCCCCCAAGCUUGGAUUAUAGAUGAUUAUUGUGGACAUAUUUUUUGUUUUCAUUUUAAAAAUUCCUUUUGUCCCACGUGAAAGUGAGGGGAGGUAUUAAUUAGACCAAGGACCCGUGUAUUUUCGUCUCCAAGUGCGCGCAAUCACGCCCAAAAUCAGUGACCGACGCCUUGGUGAGGAGGAGGGAGAGGAGGAGGAGGAGGAGGAGGAGGGGGGAUGCCGCACCGUCCAUCACCAAAUAUCAACACAUGUCACCAGGCUCGGAUUUUGGGGAAGCCCCCCUCGCUCGGCGUCUGCAAGUAACACGAGUAGCGUGGCAGUGAGCGGUGGCAGCGGGGGAAUCUGCCGCGGCUCAAACACCGCAGCUUCACGGCAGAGGCACACGUUCCAGUCUAAGAUACUUCUAUUUUUAUCUUGCAGAAGAAAAGGGAAAGACAACUGCAGAUCCCGUCGAGAUGCACCAGGCUGCUGUCAGGGAAAGACGCAGUGUCCAGAUGCGGCAGCCACUUAGUGGAAUGGUUGCAAUAUUUAUGUAAACCCACAGCUAUGCAUGUACUGACGCUGAUCAGCUAUUCUGCUUAUUGAAAUGCAGGAGCCGGCUCCUUCCUGAGGAGGUUUUUCCCAACCAGAAAAAACGAUGCCUUCCUGUUCGACGGAAAAGAAAAGGCUGACGCGGUGAAACAGACAUUUUUGGCGAAUGAACCCGAUCGCGUUUUCCUUCUGUCCAACACCUGAUCUGACAGAGUUUUUAUAAGCACAUCGCUUUAUUUCGCGUUCACAUUCCGAACACUCGAUCAGAGCCACCGUGCGCUCCCCCUCUUCUCUCCCUCCCCUCCCCUCCCCUCCUCCUCUUCUCUCUCCCCCCCCCCCUCCCUCCCUCCUCCCCUCCCUCUUCACGCGCAAAUGGAGGGAUCUUCUCGGAGCUGAAGAUCUGGGCAGGAGACGCGUAGAUAGGGGACAGACAGAGCUCAGGCAGACACAGAGCAGCACCAACUCCAGUCUGCACGUGCGUUUGUAGCCGAGGCUGAUGGGGUGGUGGCAUGUGGAGGUGUCACUCUGAGGUUCCCCCCCGGUUCCUUCCUAACCUCUGGCGUUUGGUGUCUGCAGAAUGGCGCGUUUUGGAGACGAGUUACCCAACAGGUAUGGAGGAGGAGGAGGAGGAGGAGGAGGAGGAGGUGGUGGCAGUGGCGGGGGUGCCGGCGGACAAGGGGGGCCCGGCCGCGGCGGCAGCAGGCAAGGGGGGCCCCCCGGAGCCCAGCGGAUGUACAAGCAGUCGAUGGCCCAGAGAGCCCGGACCAUGGCCCUGUACAACCCCAUACCCGUCCGGCAGAGCUGCCUAACGGUCAACCGCUCCCUCUUCCUCUUCAGCGAAGACAACUUGGUGAGGAAGUACGCAAAGAAGAUCACAGAGUGGCCUCCGUUUGAAUGGAUGAUCCUCACCACCAUCAUAGCAAACUGCAUCGUCCUGGCACUGGAACAGCAUCUUCCUGAUGGAGACAAGACACCCCUGUCUGAGCGACUGGAGGACACAGAGCCCUACUUCAUAGCGAUCUUCUGCUUCGAGUCAGGGAUCAAGAUCCUGGCUCUGGGUUUUGCAUUACACAAGGGCUCCUACCUGAGGAACGGCUGGAACGUCAUGGACUUCGUGGUGGUGCUCACUGGAAUUUUGUCAUCAGUGGGGUCUCAGCUCGACCUGAGGACGCUACGAGCCGUGAGAGUGCUGCGACCUCUCAAACUGGUGUCUGGGAUUCCCAGCCUGCAGGUGGUGCUCAAGUCUAUUAUGAAGGCUAUGAUUCCCCUGCUGCAGAUUGGCCUCCUGUUAUUUGUGGCCAUCCUUAUGUUUGCUAUUAUCGGUCUAGAGUUCUACAUGGGAAAAUUUCACGCCACCUGCUACGAUGAAAUUACAGGAGAACAAGCAGAUAAUGUGCCGUGUGGCGAGAAGUUGCCGUCUCGAUUAUGUCCAAACGGCACAAAGUGUAAAGAAGACUGGCUUGGACCCAAUUAUGGCAUCACUCAGUUUGACAACAUCCUAUUUGCAGUGCUCACAGUCUUCCAGUGCAUCACCAUGGAGGGAUGGACAGACAUGCUUUACUACAGUAACGAUGUGGAGGGCAGUGCCUGGAACUGGAUGUACUACAUUCCUCUCAUCAUCAUUGGCUCCUUCUUCAUGCUCAACCUGGUGCUGGGUGUACUCUCAGGUGAAUUUGCCAAAGAGAGAGAGCGAGUGGAGAACAGGAGCGAGUUCCUCAAGCUGAGGCGACAGCAGCAGAUUGAGCGAGAGCUCAACGGAUACCUGGAGUGGAUCUGCAAAGCAGAGGAGGUGAUUCUGGCAGAGGAAGAUGCCACAGGAAACUUUGAUGGUUCGAGGCGAAGGCCAACCAUCAAAACCAAAAACAACAAGACAGAGCUGCUGAACCCUGAAGAAGGUGAAGACAACAUGGGAGAUGCAGUUGGCUUUGCCCGCUCCAGCAUAAAGAGUGGUAAGGACGGCUCCAGUUACAGUAAGAAGGAGCGACGAAUGCGAUUCUUCAUCCGCAAGAUAGUGAAGACGCAGGCUUUCUAUUGGACCGUGCUCUGCCUGGUGGGCCUCAACACCAUCUGCGUGGCUGUGGUGCACUACGACCAGCCUGAGAUCCUCUCAGACUUCCUCUUCUAUGCAGAGUUUAUCUUCCUCGGUUUGUUCAUGUCUGAGAUGCUGAUUAAGAUGUAUGGCCUGGGCGUCCAGCCCUACUUCCACUCCUCAUUCAACUGCUUCGACUGUGUGGUAAUUGUGGGCAGCAUCUUCGAGGUUGUGUGGGCUACCAUCAAACCUGGUUCGUCCUUUGGGAUCAGCGUGCUACGAGCCCUACGACUGCUUCGCAUCUUCAAAGUCACAAAGUACUGGGCCCCUCUUCGUAAUCUUGUAGUUUCUCUGCUCAACUCCAUGAAGUCCAUCGUCAGUUUGCUGUUCCUCCUCUUCCUCUUCAUUGUGGUUUUUGCUUUGUUGGGGAUGCAGCUGUUUGGAGGACAAUUCAACUUUGAAGAAGGAACUCCAUCAACCAACUUUGACACAUUUGCUGCAGCGAUCAUGACAGUGUUUCAGAUCCUGACAGGAGAGGACUGGAAUGUGGUGAUGUAUGAUGGCAUUCAGGCCCAGGGAGGAGUGAAGGACAAGGGAAUGGUCUUCUCUAUCUUUUUCAUCGUUCUAACACUCUUUGGCAACUACACUCUGCUUAACGUCUUCUUGGCCAUCGCUGUUGACAAUCUGGCUAAUGCCCAGGAGCUCACUAAGGAUGAGGAGGAACAAGAAGAGGCAGCUAAUCAGAAGACAGCACUACAAAAAGCUAAGGAGGUAGCCGAAGUCAGUCCGCUGUCGGCUGCUAAUCUGUCUAUUGCUGCAAAGGAGCAGCAAAAGAACCACAAGGGCAACAAGUCAGUGUGGGAGCAGAGAACGAGCGAGAUCCGCAGGCAGAACCUCAUGACGAGCCGUGAGGCGCUCUACAACGAGCUAGAGCAGGAUGAUUGGAAGAUGGGAGGGGAGGGAGAGGAGGUAUCGUACCCACGAAAAGGUCGUGGUGAUAUGAAGACGCACUUGGAUCGGCCACUAGUAGUCAACCCACAGGACAACCGUAACAACAACACCAACAAGACCCAACCUGGAGACCUGCCUCUGGACCAGGAGUACCGCCUCCAGGACAUCAACCACUACCAACGAGCUGCCCACUAUCAUAACCACCAACACCACCAUUUCCAUCCCAAAGCCAGUGGUACAGACAGUGCAGAGACAGUUUUGCCCAUGGAAACCCGCAUGGAGCACGGCUUCAGCUGCACGUCUCUGGGAAAUGCGGGGGCAAAUGUAGAGGUCCAACCGGGUCAGGAGAGGCACAGCCACAGGAACCACAGAGGCCACCGGCACAGAAACAGGGAAGGCAGAGAGGCAUGCAGCGUGUCUCCCCAUCAUGGUGAGGGGGGAGGGGGGAACAGUGAGCACAGGAGAUCUAGGCAUCAUCGAAGAGCCAGGGAUGGGGAAGAGGGCAGGAGACACAGGUCGAGGGGGACGCAGGGAGAUGGGGAGAAGGGAGAAGAAGGAGAAGCACGGAAAACAAGAAGGCAUCGCCACGAGAAUCAGGAGAGGAGCAGAGGUCAUCGCAGCAGAAAGGAGCACCACAGCACUGGUCCUAGUCUCUCCACCACAAGACCCAUUCAGCAGUACAACGAGGAUCUGGACAACUUCCGCAACAACAACAAGUUGGCCAAUGCCCACGAAAACCUUUAUGCCCUCCCACCAGAUCACCCUGACCAUCCGGACCACGUCAAUAACCUGCUAAACUGCCGUGAUUCUGACACCCACACACUACUGCACAGCAUGGACAGCCUGAUCCUGACCAGCAUGGCCAAACCUGACUACACAAGCGUUGACAUGCCUCCAGUUUACCCCUACCCCUCCACCAAUGCCAUCCUACAAGUUAACAAGAACGCCAACACGGACCAGAAAAAAAGUGAGGAAAAGAAGGAGGAAGAGGAUGAGGGAGGCGAUGAAGAUGGCCCCAAACCAAUGCCUCCUUACAGCUCCUGCUUCAUACUGUCCACCACCAACCCGUUUCGAAAGUGCUGCCACUACAUCCUGACUCUGAAGUAUUUCGAAUUCAGCAUCCUGUCUGUCAUUGCUAUGAGCAGCAUUGCCCUCGCAGCAGAGGACCCUGUCUGGCCUGAAUCACCACAGAACAAUGUGCUGCGUUAUUUUGACUAUGUUUUCACAGGCGUCUUCACUUUUGAAAUGCUGAUCAAGAUGGUGGUGCUCGGCCUAUUUCUCCACCAGGGCUCCUACUUUCGCGACUUAUGGAACAUUCUGGACUUUAUAGUGGUUAGUGGUGCUCUGGUGGCCUUCGCCUUCACGGGGAGCAGCAAGGGCAAAGACAUCAGUACAAUCAAAUCCCUUCGUGUGCUGAGGGUGCUACGUCCUCUAAAGACCAUCAAACGACUUCCCAAGUUAAAGGCUGUGUUCGACUGUGUGGUCAACUCUCUGAAGAAUGUGCUGAACAUCCUGAUUGUCUACAUGCUCUUCAUGUUCAUUUUCGCUGUGGUGGCUGUGCAGCUCUUUAAAGGUCGCUUCUUCUACUGCACAGAUGAAUCCAAAGAGUUUGAGCGUGAUUGCAGAGGAGAGUACUUAGUUUAUGAGAAAGAUGAGGUAAAGGCUCAGAAGCGGGAGUGGAAGAAGUACGAUUUCCACUACGACAACGUGGCUUGGGCCCUGCUCACCCUCUUCACUGUGUCCACUGGAGAGGGGUGGCCGCAGGUGUUAAAGCACUCAGUGGACUCCACCUUUGAGAAUCAGGGCCCGAGCCCAGGUUACAGGAUGGAGAUGUCCAUCUUUUACGUGGUGUACUUCGUUGUCUUCCCCUUCUUCUUCGUCAACAUCUUUGUGGCUCUCAUCAUCAUCACCUUCCAAGAACAGGGGGACAAGAUGAUGGAGGACUACAGCUUAGAAAAGAAUGAGAGAGCUUGUAUUGAUUUCGCCAUUAACGCCAAACCUCUGACUCGCCACAUGCCGAAGAAUAAACUUAGCUUCCAGUAUCGCAUGUGGCAGUUUGUGGUGUCUCCUCCUUUCGAGUACAGCAUCAUGGCUCUGAUCGCGCUGAACACCAUCGUCCUAAUGAUGAAGUUCCAUGGUGCAUCACUAAUCUACAAUGAGGUCCUGAAUAAUCUCAACAUUGUAUUUACGACCUUCUUCUUUAUGGAAUCUGUCCUCAAAAUCAUCGCUUUUGGCCCUCUGAAUUACUUCAGAGACGCCUGGAACAUUUUUGAUUUUGUCUCUGUUCUUGGAAGCAUCACUGAUAUAUUAGUAACAAAGAUUGGGGAUAACAUCAUCAACUUGAGCUUCCUGAGGCUGUUUAGGGCAGCUCGCCUCAUCAAGCUGCUGAGACAAGGAGAGACCAUCCGCAUCCUGUUGUGGACCUUCGUUCAGUCCUUUAAGGCUCUGCCGUACGUGUGUCUGCUCAUUGCCAUGCUGUUCUUUAUCUACGCCAUCAUCGGCAUGCAGUUAUUUGGGAAUCUGUCACUGGAGCAGGAGGAAGACAGUGCCAUCAAUGACCACAAUAACUUCAGAACCUUCUUCAUGGCCCUAAUGCUGCUGUUCAGGAGUGCUACCGGAGAGGCAUGGCAUGAGAUUAUGUUAUCCUGCCUGGGUGGGAAGAUAUGUGACCCGGCUUCAGGGAACACAGAAAAAGAGUGUGGCAGCACCUUCGCCUACACCUACUUUGUGUCCUUCAUUUUCCUCUGCUCUUUCCUGAUGCUGAAUCUGUUCGUGGCCGUCAUCAUGGACAACUUUGAGUACCUGACCAGAGACUCUUCUAUACUGGGGCCGCAUCACUUGGACGAGUAUGUAAGGAUAUGGGCCGAGUACGACCCUGCUGCCUGCGGCCGGAUCAGUUACACAGACAUGUAUCAGAUGCUAAGACACAUGUGUCCGCCGCUAGGCCUCGGGAAGAGGUGUCCCGCCCGGGUCGCCUAUAAGAGGCUGCUGCGCAUGGAUCUGCCGGUUGCUGAUGACAACACAGUGCAUUUUAACUCCACCCUCAUGGCUCUGAUCAGGACAGCACUGGACAUAAAGAUCGCCAAGGGCGGUGCAGACAAACACCAGAUGGAUGCAGAGCUGAGAAAGGAGAUGAUGGCAAUUUGGCCAAACUUGUCACAGAAGACACUAGACCUGCUGGUUACGCCGCACAAGGCAGCCACAGACUUGACGGUGGGCAAAAUCUACGCCGCCAUGAUGAUCAUGGAAUACUACCGGCAGAGCAAGACCAAAAAGCUGCAGGCGCUGCGAGAGGAACAGAACCGACCGCCAUUAAUGUUUCAGCGCAUGGGGGGACCUGAGGGAGAGGGCACCGAGGGCCAGGGGGGCCCGGGCGUCAACGGCCUCCCCAGCACCCAGCCCGACAACAUCCACAGCAUACCUACUGAGGGUGGCAUGACUGAGAGCCCGUCGUGGGUGACCGCCAAAGCCCAGGAAAUGUUUCAGAAGACAAGUAACUGGAGCCCAGACAGACCCUACCCAGACGAUCUGUACGACAACCGGCACAACCCGCAGACGGUAGAGAUGAGGGAAAUGGGGCGGGACGGGUACUCGGACACCGAGCCCUAUCACCCAGUGGAUGGGCAUGGGCGGACCCUCUCCAUGCCCCGCCUCUCAGCAGACAACCAAAGAGUUCAUGCUGUAUCGCGGAGACGACACAGGCCUCGCGGAAAUAACCUCAGUACCAUCACAGACACCAGCCCCAUGCGACGCUCCACCUCCAGCCUGGUGCACGGUCGCUCCGGCCGGGGCGUGAGGCUGGACGACUACUCCCUGGAGAGGGUGGUGUCUGAGGAGGGGAGGCACGAAGGGGGGCGGCGGCACAGGGACAGGAGCCACCGUGCCUCGCAGCGCUCCCUGACCAGAUACACCGACGCAGACACAGGCCUGGGCACAGACCUCAGCACCACGACACAGUCGGGCGACCUGCCACCCAAGGAGCGCGAGCGGGACCGCGGCCGGACUAAGGACCGUCGCCACCACCAUCACCACCACCAUCACCACAGCUCCAUGGACAAGGAGCGCUACGGCCCCGAUCGCCACGACUACCCCCACAGGCAUCCUCACGACCGCCACUGGUCCCGGUCCCCCAGUGAGGGUCCGGAGGGACGGGGUCCCAGACAGGGCAGUAGUUCGGUGAGCGGCAGCCCGGUCCCUUCCACUUCAGGGACCAGCACUCCACGGAGAGGCCGUCGGCAGCUGCCCCAGACCCCUGCUGUCCCCCGUCCACAUGUCACCUACUCCCCUGCUGUCCGCAAGCCCAGCUAUGGCCCCCCGGGGCCCGGGCGCCUGCGCUCGCCCUCCCCUCGUCACUUCUCCCCACCAGACCAUGAAAGGGGUUACCAUCACCGGCCCCCGUCACGCCAAGCCUCCCCCCACCACGGAGGCUCCUCUUCGCGGCACGGUUCGCCGCGCUCCCCUAGGCACCAGUCCCCACGCUCGCCUCUCCGUGGUUCACCCAGGUCCCCUCACCGAGGCCGCUGGAAUGGGCCUCCGCCUAGGGACAGCCUGGAGGGUGACGGGCCCUUCUACGAGCAUGACUAUGAGUAUGAACGGCACCAUGAGCCGCCUGCCUACGAGCAGAGCCUUUCUCAUGGCAACCCACAUUCACAUGGGGGAAAUCCUCACCCACACCCACGCUCACCUAGGACUGCCCGUCACGGGCCCCCUCCACCGCCUCACCCGCAUCCACGUAGGGUGCCCAACGGCUAUCGCUCAUCCUCGCCUUCCCCACAUCGGCGGGGACCUCCUGGCGCACCCGCUCACCCACACCAUCGCCCUCCUCACACCAGAGGGCCUCGAAAGGGCCUACAUGAACCUUACAGUGAAACGGAUGAGGACGACUGGUGCUAGCAACCGCAGGGAGUGGAGGGGUAAGGGCAGGAGGAAGGGAGCACAGCAUCACUCGCUGCUCUGGCCUUGAAAAUGUAGACUUUAAAUAAAGUAGGUGUGGUGUGAUUGUUGGGUUGGACGCCCUCUACAUCCUCUGCCUUCAACCCUUAGACUCUAAAUCAGAGGAAGGGGCGGAGGGAAGGGGAUGAUUGUGCUGCAUAUAGCCUUUUACACAGUUUGUGUGAAACUCAAAUCAGUAACAGAGCAACCAUUGGAUAAAGGAAAACAGAAGGGCGCUAAAACGUAAAGGGCGAGGCCUGGGCACAGUUUACCUUGGCCUCUUCCUGUCUCAGAACUACGCUUCCCACAAUUCUCUGCUUGACCAGCAAGGCCAGGCUGCUAAAGGAAGAACGAGACGUGGGAAUAGGCGAGAAAGGAGCGUGCCAUCGUUUAGAUGGCCGGUGAUGAUUGCUGUUUAUGAUGCAUUUCUCCUUGAAAUGCGACCGGUCAGUUUUGUCUGAUGCUCGUGUAAAAAGAGCCUUGAAACAAGCUAGAACAUGGAGUCGACUGCUACUUUGCUCUGUGACAGAUGUGUUUAAAGAAAAGUAAUUAAACAAAAAGCCAGGACCCCCUAACCCUUACACGCCAAGCUAUGCCUCUAAAAAAUACAACUUGAACAUUAAGGAUGAGAUGAGACUUUACAUGACAACCAGUGAAACGAAAAAAAGGGAGAACAACCACUUCAUCUUUGCCCUUUUUCCUUUCCAAGGGACAGAACAAGGAAGCUCCGCCUAUACUGCAAAAACCAGCCAAUCUCAGCGCUGGCUGAUAUUUGAUGAGUUUUAUCAUCUCUGUUUACUGUUACAGACUUACUUAAUGCUGACAGACCUGAUGUGACAUCACUUCCUGUCUGGUGGCGGUGUCAGUCGAGGGGCGGGGCACAUUGUGGGCUUACUUCCUGUUUGAGUGCGCCACGUGGGCGACUGGGCUCAGGUAACUGGAGAAGUCGUCAGUCGGACACUUUGUCAAGGCCUUCCCCCCUCGGUUUCUAGUCCCGACACACAGCAGAGGACGACCUGGCAGGAAAUGACAUCACACGGUUGAAGGGAGCGGCGGAGAGGAAAGAGACUAAUUUCCUCAGUAUUUCUUCUAUCGAUUACUUCUCCUUCUUGUUCUUCUUCGGACAUUGGAGCUUGGUUCUUCUGUUGCAUUCGCUCAGCCUCCUUCCUCUUUUUCAGAGUCAAAAUUGAUGGAAAUCUGCAUGAUUGAUUAAUAAAUACAUACUAGAGAGGAAAUCUAGGUGGUGUGGGUGGGACCUGGGGGCUUUAUAGUAAACUUUGCAUUUGGGUUUACAAAAGAAGUUCUCUUCUUUCAGACUCCUCUCUCUCGCUUACAUCUUUCUUACCCGAAACAGGCUUUGACAGUUGGCUGUUUCGUUUCUGUUUUUCUGCCAAUAUGGUUCCAAAGCGAAGUUUGUGCAACCUGCUGACGGGAAAGGCAGCAAAGACACCAGGAUCACGUGAAAAUGUCCUGCUUUUGAGAAACAAGAGGGAGAACGAGUGGAGAGAAGCGGACUUCUACCACACUUGAUUUAUUAUUGUUAAUGAUGAUAGACUUAUGAAUAAUGAUAUUAAUGUCAAUGCAAAAUGAUGAUAUACCGAUGAUGAUGGAUUGAUCGAUAGAACUGUUGCUGUAGAUUUGUUGUCAUGUUCUUUGGAGUUCCAGUAUGCUAUGUCCAUCUUGUUUACAUAUGUUAUGUUUCUUAUUAGCCCGUUCAAUGACGUUUACCGGGUUCCUGAUGCCUUCCUGCAACGUUUUGGGGCAAUGACGGCUUGGGAACUUCCACUUAACAGCGUUGCGUGUUAUAACGCAAUUUUUUAAGAAACACUCACUCUUCAACAUAGUGAAGGUCAGGGGAGUCUCAGUACCUGGCAGUGAUUCACAGGUUAAGGAAUCAUGUCCAGGCAACCCAAAGAUCAGAGUCCGUGUUCAGAGUGAGUUUUAGUUGAGUUUGGUGAAGAAGACUUCUUUUCUCGACGGCGAUGAACUCCUCCACUUCCCCCUCUGUUCGGCGUUUUUAGGUCCACUAUUGUUUCGGCCGAUUGCCUACGGUGACAGAAGUGUUGGUGGUACAGUGUUGGUGUCAGUCAGUAUUAGGUGGUGUUUUUUCUCUCAGCCCUGGCUUUCCCCUCACAGGACACUUCCUGUUUCUUUGUACGGCGCAUUGAUAAAGUGUAGUUGUAAUCAGGAAAAGUCGUCUGUAGCCUGGGGCCGUUGGUGUCCGCUGUCUGUGCCAGUGCCAGCCCCUGCUUCCACCCAAUGGUCACCAGAACCUCGGUCCCGUCAGAGGUCGUAGCAAAGCUAAAUCCUCCUCUGCCGAAGCACACUUCACUCCUCUUCCCUCAUUUCUCCCUCCUUUUGUUUCCAUCUGUUCUUGAAACUUGCAAGUGAGGGAGACUGAAGACACAAAAGGCAUCACAAGACAGAACCACUGAAACCUUCAUCUUUAUUGUUACGAGAGACAGUAAAUAUUUAAAAUUUCUAGGACAAAAUAUAGAUAAAUAUAUGAGAACCUACAGAAGCAUCUAGAUAUAAUACAGUAGAUGUAGUUAUAGAUAAGAGAGUAUUAUUAUGUCAGAUAUUUAUUUAUUUUGCAAACCGCCAUGACACAGUUACUAUUGCGCUACUAUUGCGACCUCACUGUUUUCUUCUCCAGAAAGGAAACCGCAGUCCACGUGUUUUUACUCUAUGCAGACCUCAUACGCAUCCGCAUCGCAUUGUGUCUGGGAGAAAAGUGGCUAAAACAAAAGAGUGCAGGGAGUCGAUGUGAAGCUCAGCGCCACUUUUGCACAUGCCCACAGAGAACCCCUCUUUUGCCCACGUACCUCUGACGCUGUCUUUUACCCCCUUCACUGCUGGUGACUCCUUUCUCCUCCCCAUUCUUCUCUCCUCACUCCUCACUCGAGCUGUGUCGCCUCCAGGUCUAGUAGUUGAGCAUCGCGUCGUGGAGGGGGGAGGGGUUGUUUCUGGGAGUUGAGGGGGUCCAAACCCACACCUCUCUGCUUUCACCUCUCCUCCAGGUAGGGACACCUCCCAGAGUUCCUUCCCUACAGAGCCACAGUGCCUUCUGUUUCAGAGUCCCAUCGUUACCCUCCAGUCGCCUCGUCCACUUCCAUCCAUCCCCACAACCCUCUGUAACCGACAAGAUCAAACACACUGCGCCUUAAAAGUCGCGUCCCGCGGCUCACGCGCUAGACAGAACAAGGGAGGGCAGUGAUUUGAGACUGGACCAGGCUGGAAACCAGAGACAGAAGGGUUUUUAGGACUCGUCCUGACAGGCGCCAUUUGUGUCCAUCUCAAUGUGUGGUGGGUCCAGUUUCAGGCGGUCAACUGAGAGUUUACAGAGGUGCAAAGCAGUUCGCUUACUUCUCAGGUCCCUCUAGAGCUAGAUUAGAUAGAAAACGCUGCAGGACAAGCAGGAAUCCCAUUGAGUCGUAUGGUUCUACCUGGCAUGGCAUCAGGCAUCGUAGUCCUCCGUCACUAACCCACAUUACACAUCCUGACCCUGCGCCUCACCAUUAACAGCCGAUGCACCCUCUCCACCAGCGCCUUAAUGGGCGUCCAUUUUGGCUCCACAACGUCAUUCGCUUGUCCAAAAUUGUAACAGAGGAUCCAAAAUGGCCGACACACAACACUGGCUUUGUGUAAAGGCAUGUUGUGUUGCCUUCCUGUGAAGCAGUCUCAUUCCUGGGGAAAAGGGAGCAGCAAUCAUUAGUUUUGCUUCAGAUUUGGGGGAUUGGAAGGUUUUUGCAUCAGUCAUUGCUUUUCUCUAGAUCGACCUCGAGUCUUCACCUCCAGCUUCUGUCGCCCUCCAGUCUUAUCUUCUGACGUCUCUUGAUUCUGUUACAUAGGAAAAACCAACUCGCCAAUUCAUCCGCUCAGAUGGCUGUGAAAUUGUGUCAGUGGGUCACUUGUGAGGCAACGUGUCAAGGAAAACACGAAUAAGGGCUUUCUUUAAAAAAACUACACAGUGGGUUUUUCUGUACAGUAGUGCUGCCAAAAGUUGUGCUUAUGUAGCUGAAGCCACGCCGUGGUCUCCCCCUUGUAUAGCACUAGGUGUGUGCAUGCGUGUGCGUAGGGGGCGGGGGGGUCAAAGGGCCGUAGGAGGAGCUUUUUGACCACGUUCAGGUGGAAGGUGGGAGUUUUGGGGCAGGUGGGGCCAGCAGUAGAGUCUAACACACAAUUUCACAAUGGCACUGGACCUUUCAGACUCAUCCUCAUGCUCACAAUCAUGUUGUCACCAUCACCCACUUCACGCUUGGUGUCGUGGUGGGGACCAGGGCUGCUGCUGCGGCGGGGAAACCUUCACCUGUCUGUGUGUGAGUGUGGGACUUAGCUUCAGGAUUUGUCUAAUUACUGAGCAUUUUAUUUUUAUGACUAAUUAAUUUACAGGGAAGUUGUUAAAAAUAAAAUGUUUCUUAUCUUCUGCAGUUUGAAGACGGUGGAUCUGUUGAUCUGUUAAACCCAAGCACUGGACGCUUUAUUAGCUUUUAUUGAUGAUGGUGGUGUCAAGAGGCCAAAACAACCACUUCUUGACAUAUUUAAGUCCAAGUCGACUCCAACACUGACACUAUAACAAACCAUAGUGGAAACACCACCUGGACUGGAUCAGGAUGUACAGGUGUUCCUAAUAAAGUGGACAGUGAAUGAGUGACAUCAACAGAACUUAGUUCUAAAGUAGAGUGUGUGUGUGUGUGUGUGUGUGUGUGUGUGUGUGUGUGUGUGUGUGUGUGUGUGUGUGUGUGUGUGUGUGUGUGUGUGUGUGUGUGUGUGUGUGUGUGUGUGUGUGUGUGUCCUCACUCCAUCAGCUACAGUAGGUGACCCUCAGUGCCUUAUACUGUACAGGACACAGCUUCUCCACCCGAGACAAUCGCAGCCCUCAAGUUAGGUUCUACAGCGCCAUCCUCACCCCUCAGUCCUCACCCACUCCUCACCCUGAGUUAGUGAGGAUGGUGUUGUCACGUGUUCUUUCUCUGUCUCACAUGCCAUCUGUUGUAUUUUUUGCCUCUGUAUUUCUUGUGUAUAUAAUCCAUAAAGUUUCUGAAAAACCUUGCUGUGUUCACAUCACGUGCUUCACUUCUCACUGUUUCAGCAUCUUUACGUUGAGUUUCCCUCGUCAUUUCCCUGUGCUCUGUACAGUAAACUGAUUUCUGAGAAGCAUGGGUGAACAGCUGUCAUGGCAACCCCAAGGUCCCUCACUUUGUUACCAUCUACCUCUCUUUAUUUUUCUCUCUACCUCUGCCUUCAUUGGUUUCCGCCGCUGUCAGCUGCUUCCAGCAGAUAAAGGAUGAAUUAAUCAGCAGGAUCGAUGUUUAACCCUUUGAUGCUCAUCAUUUACUUGGAUUUUGUCUCAAUUGGCCUUAUAAGGUUGUAUUUGUAGAACAAUGCUUGUCACCAUGAAAGCAAUAUUUAGCCCUGGAUUUGAACUGGUUCUAUCUCCUUCCUUAGAGUAUUUCCUGUGCAUCGCUCCAGACAUGUUCAGGAGCGUUAAGGUCCAACCUGAAACACAAAUUCACUAGGUACUAUGAACUACAAAGGGUUAAAUUUACCUGUCAGCAGAUGUUGGUAAAGAGCUGCAGAAAGGAAACAGCCGCUGAAACUGGCCUCCCAUCCAUCCAUCCAUCCAUCCAUCCAUCCAUCCAUCCAUCCAUCCAAUUUAUCCUUCCUUCCAUCCAUCUAUUCUUCCUUCCUUCCUUCCUUCCAUCCAUCAUCUAUCCUUCCUUCCUUCCUUCCUUCCUUCCAUCCAUCCAUCCAUCCAUCACAGGUCAAAGCAUCCAACACUUGACCCGUUAGAAACCGAACCAGUGCCACAGUAGAAAACCAUACAGGAUUCACUCAGCAAGUCGGGGAAAAGGAGGAAAAAAUAAAUAUACAUGGCAAUUUAAGAUAAAAGAGAAGUAUUUAAUUACAGAUUUGCAUGUGCAAUGUGCAUGCCACUAUGUGGGGUAACAAGUCAACUUCAGGAAUUAAAAAAAUACAUAUAAUGAAAAAAGUAUAUAUAUGUAAAAAUAUAUAUAGAUGUUUUUAAGAGCAACGUGUUUCUUUUUCUUCUAUUUUUAAAAACAAAAAACCUAAAAAACCUGACCAAAAAGAAAGAAAGAAAAAUAAUAUAAAAAAACAAAAUCAUCCUGACAAAAAAUGGAAAUGACUUUGGUGAUGAAAUCAAAGAAUGUUUGUGUGUUAUAUUUGCCAGUUAUUCACGGGGACAAACCAGGAGAGAUAACACUUUAACUAACAUUACAAGAAAAGAAAAAAAGGGGAGAAAGAACAAAAGAUUUCCUUCAUUGAAACAAUCCCUUGGAGAGUGGAGAGCUGCCUGAACCUGAAUCUGGUGAUGUUGUUCCCAUUUGUUCUGGCUAUGAAUCCCUGUCUUUCUUUCUUUCUUUCUUUCUUUCUUUCUUUCUUUCUUUCUUUCUUUCUUUCUUUCUUUCUUUCUUUCUUUCUUUCUUUCUAUUCUUUCUAUUCUUUCUUUCUAUUCUUUCUUUCUAUUCUUUCUUUCUCCCUCUCUCUUUCUCUCUUUCACUGACCAUCUAUUUCUCUCCCUCUGUUCCUUUCUCUAUCUAUCUGCUGUUUCUACCAGUGCAUUUUGUAAUUUCAAACAGAACUCUUCCUAAAGAACCUGAAUAAACCAGAGAGAAUGCAUUCUA